GCGUCCACUUCCGAAACAACGUCAUUGAUGACUCAGCACACGAAGCAUGACCGAUGAUGGCAGCUGCUGUGAUGGGUGGUGGUGUGGUGGUGCUCGUGUGCACGCUGGUGCUCGUGUGAACGCUGGUGUGCAGGUCGGUGUGAGGGAAAGACGGGUGGAGGAAGGCGGCCCUGUGGAUGGCAGCUGUGGUCGCGAACGGCGCAGCAGUAGGGAGGCGGUGGAGGAAGAAGAACGGUUGCAGCUGCUGCAGAGCGUGUUGUGCGGGGAUCUUGGGCGCAACUGCAUCGCCUGGCAACUCAGUCUGGCCGACCUCCAUCAACUGUGUCUUGCGCUGGGCGCUCGACAUGGCGGGAACACCAUCGCCGGGUGGCUGACCCCGAUUAUGCACGCGUGGGACCUCUCGUUUGUCAACGCCCGCAUGUUCAAGAGCAGGCCCUCCUUUGAACGGCUAAUGCCCGGUGUUGCGUACAUGCUGCGACAUGGCCGUAAGCCCGGCAAUCAGCUCGCACUGGUUCUCUAUGACUUUAUCUGGACGGAGAUUGCGGCUGGCGCCAUCGCCUUUGGGCACCCGCGCAUUGCUCUGGCCUGUGUGGAUGCGGACUGCUUUCCAGCGAAGCGGCUUGCGGGCUUGUACAAGCUUGCCAAGCACUGGUGCAAGGUCCAAGGAUCGACCAUGCCAGAAACAAGCCAAGACAUCAUGAGCCGCCAUAUACAUCCUCAUGCAUGAAGCCUUUGUUCGGCGCAGUUGUGUCAUCACCAUCACCAUCAACACAUAUGUACAUACUGUGUCUGCCCAUGCAUGUCACUGACUACGGUAUUGUGGCUCAUGUAUUGACGAACGUAAGAGGAGAGGAAAUGCAUUGACGAGAGACAGAGCAACAGCAUCAGGCAGCAAGCA